GGACAAAGAUGGGGACAGGAUCAAGGACAAGGAUGGGGACAGGAUCAAGGACAAACUCAAUGACAGGGUCAGGGGAAGGGCCCGAGUCAGGGACAAGGGUAGGGACAGGAUCAGGGACAGACACAGGGACACGGACCAGUGCAGUGACAGGAUCAGGAUUGGGGACAGGGACAAGAUCAGGGGAAGGGACAGAGAGCAACAAGGAAGGGGACAGGAUGGAGGACAGGGACAGAGUCAGGGACAGGGACCCGUCCAGUGACAGGGUCAAGAUCAAACAGAGUCAGGGACCAGGGCAGGGACAAUGACAAGUUCAGUGACAGGAUCAGGGACAGAGAGAGGGACAAGGAUGGGGACAGGAACAGGGACAAGUUCAGUGACAGGAUCAGGGACAGAGACAGGGAUGGAGUCAGGGACAAGGAUGGGGAAGGACAGGGACAAAGGCCAGUCCCCCAUCCCCAGGCUGUCUCCCGGGGGUGUGGGGACACGCGUGACGCCGUGCGGGUGGCAGCAUCGGGGUUCCUGUUCCCUGGCGGGCACAGGGCAGGAAGUGGGGCCAGCGCCCUCCCUGCCCCCAGAGUGUCCCCAGAGUGUCCCCAGCGCCAUGACCGACAACCCCGACCUGUACGAGACCCUGGAGAUCCGGUACCCGCCCCCCCGGGCCCGCGGGGACCCCGGCCGGGCCCGGCCGCCGCCAGCGGCGCGGUCCCCGCGGUGCCACGCGUGUCACCGGGCGCUGGGCACGGGCGUGCUGCUGCUGCUGGCGGCGGCCACGGCGGCGCUGGGCGCCCUCUACGCGCAGAGCCGGGCGGAGCUGCGGGCGGCUCGGGCGGCGCUGGCAGCGGCCACCGACCCGCUGGGGCCAGACCCCGACGGUGACAUCCCUUCAGCGGCACAGCGGCGGCAGGACCGGCUCGGUGGGUGACAGGGGGG